AUGCUUUUAUCUCAAGAUAAUGGCAAUAAAACACAAAAUUUAAACCCGCAACCAAAUGAUAGUUCUAAUUUAAUUUUUCUUACUCAAAAAAGGUUAUUUAACACAAACCCAUUCGAAAUUACGAAGGAGGCAAACAAUACCUACGAUGCGAACUUAGAUUCAAAAAAUAAAAAAAUUGAACUUAAUAAAGUAUCAAACAGUCAAUCAGAAAAAAAAAAGGAUUUAUCCCAAAAUCAAAACCUCUUCAAAAAGUAUUAUACAACAACCACAACAAUAUCAACAAAUUUGAAAAAUGAUGACUUUAACUCGACUCAAUUCCAAGACUUUGGAUCUAAAAACUCAUCAAAUUCAAUUGACCCUACUUAUAUAAAAAGUACUUUUGAUCAGUUUAAUAAAACAGCAACCAGUUCAAGCACAAUGAAUCAAACUACAAAUAACAAUAACGUUAGAGACAAUAUUUCAAACAAAAUGCUUGAAAAUACCAUGGUUAACGUCGUAUCCAACUCAAAUAACACUUCACAAGACAAAUUUGCUUUAUCUCCCUUAAAUGGUACAGAAGUCGCGCCUUUAUUCUCUAAGUUUGUUUCUAAUGAAGAUACUUCCGGCUCUGUCAAAUUUGGAUAUUCUUCACCGCCUGCAUUGAGCAGAAAUAAUGCGAGUUCUCAAUCUAAUGAGUAA